CCUCAGAACAUCACACACCGGUGGAUAGCUUUCAGGUUCGUGUGUUGUUUUCGGUCGCGUUUUGUUUUAUGUUUCGCGUAUCAGUGGAUGGUUUCUGUUUUUUUUUUAUUUCGUUCGAUUCAUGGUUCAGUUUCGUCGCGAUCUUGCUCUUCUUUCGCGGGACGCCGAAGACAACGACGGGACCGGUAAUCGAUACAUUUCCGACGGCCAAGAACCGGCUUUUGGGCAAAAUUUCGCGAUCGUUAUCUUUUGUGCAGAUUCGGGACUGCGCUCUGAAUGUGCCUGAUAUUGGCGAAUUGGAUGAGGCGAUGCAGUUUUCUUAGGUCCAUUCAAUCGUGUGGUCGCAUUUUUUUUUUGUGUGUGACACCAACCGUUUUAUUUUUUGUUCUGUGUCUACCUACCUUUCUCGCAUGCGAAGCGUCCGAAUUCAUUUGAAUAAUUUGAAUUCAGUGACAGGAAGCUAUAUUAAUUGCCAGGCUGACAGUGGAUACAACAGCCUUCCCUUCUAUGGAUCGUGAGAAAUUUUGGAAUACAAUUUUCGGAGUCCAAUACAACGUGCAUGGUUUUGUGGUUUCGAAAAAAGAAGAAACGCCUGAAAAAUAAUAAAAUUAGCAACAGUGAAUAAGUGAGCUCCUCCUGUAAUUAAACGGAUACAAAAUCUAAUAAUUAUUGUUUUGGAAUAAAAGGUUUUAUUCGGAUAGCCUCUUCGAUAGAUGAAGAAGCUGUUAAUCGACCUAAGUGUUUAAUUCCAAACCUCGAUUCUCCAAAUUCUUUAAAUCGAAGAAAAAAAAAGUGAAGUGAAGAGGCAUCUUGAAGCUUACUGUGAAGUGCGGGCGCGAAUCUCCUCAGUUCUUUGUCUAAUAAAAAAUCGAAAAAUCAAUAAAGCGCGAAACCCAGCAGCAGCAAUGAAGAAAUUAAGCAAUCACCGGCUAAUUACCUUAUGCCUUCUCUUGGUCCCGCUUUUGGCCACCGGUGCCAAACUUGACCCAGUUCGCCACAAAUGGUUCCGCUCGGAAAUCAUGGAUGCCAAUGGGUUGUACCUGUUGGAAUGGCGACUGGACCACAAGGAUAUCGUCUUCACCGUAACGGUCAAUACACGUGGUUUCAUCGGUUUGGGAUUUUCGCACAAGAGCGAGCGGAUGAGCGGAUCCGAUCUGGUGCUUGCCUGGGUUGAUGACCGCACCGGGAAACCUAACGUACUGGAUUGCCACGGAGCCAAGGACAACAGCCGAGCGCCGAUCCAGGAUGACACACAAAAUUACCACGUGGAAAGCGGAUACCAAAAUCUGACCCACACCACCGUCACCUUCCGGCGAGCCCUGGAAACCUGCGACCCGCAUGAUGUGAUUAUCGGGACCGAUACGAUGAAGGUGCUGUGGUCUUACGGCGAUCGGGAUCCUGUCCAUGGAGAUUUAAGCGGACAUGGAAAGAAUCGAGGAGCUCGAUCUAUCCACUUUCUGGGACCACUUUUCAAGAAGCCCUCGGACCCGCAGCUUCGCAACGACAUCCGCCAAUGGGACGUAACCGUGAAAAACGUGUCGAUCGACGCCAGCAUGGACACCCUGUACUGGUGCAAAAUUUUGAAAGCCCCAACGCUGCGCGAGAAGCACCACAUUAUCGGAUAUGAGGCCAUUCUGACCAAGGAAAGCUCGACGAAAUUGCCGUUGGUACAUCACAUGACAUUGUUCGAGUGUUCCCCCAACUCCUAUCCCGGAUCCGAUCCCAACUCUUGGGACGUGUGGGUGAAAAGCAGUGGAGCUGUCUGCAAUAGCAAUCUGCUGACACCGCGCGAUUGGGACUCGUGUGUAACACCGGUGGCAACCUGGGGCAUAGGUGCUUCUGGCCAGUUCCUUCCGGAACACAUCGGAAUUCCGAUUGGCGGUAGUAUGGGUGGUCCGAAAUAUUAUAUGCUAGAAGUUCAUUACGACAAUCCGAGGGCAAAGCGUGUUUUGGACCACUCGGGCUUCCGGAUGCACUACACUCGCCAUGUGCGACCUCACGAUGCCGGAAUGAUGAUAUCCGGUGUUUCGAUCUCGGACACCCAAAUGAUUCCACCGGGCCAAAAAUUGUACCGAAACGUUGGCAUUUGUGGUCCAUCUUGCACGGGAGCUGUUUUUCCUACCGAAGGAAUUAAUAUUGUUUCUGCGGCACUGCACUCACACGUGGCCGGCCGAAAAAUGAAACUGCGACACGUGCGGGACGGAAAAGAACUGCCCAGAAUCGUAGAGGACGAUAACUACGAUCAGGCAUUCCAACAAGUGCGCCAACUGGAAAAUGAAACCAACAUCCUUCCAGGGGACUAUUUGAUCACAGAUUGUGCCUACGAGACACUCGGAAGAAAGCGGCCGACAUUCGGUGGAUAUUCAACCAAACAAGAGAUGUGCUUAUCGUUCAUCACUUACUAUCCGAAGAUCGAACUGGCUGGCUGCUACAGUAUGACACCGGUUAAGGAGUUCUUCGAAACAUUUGGAGUAUUCCAGUUUUAUUCGAUGAACAUGACUGACGUCGAGAAUCUGUUCCUGUACAAUGGCAACAUUCUGGAUCUUCUGCCGACUACUGUGUUCCCCAACUUUGCCCCUGGAGGGGACAUAGACGAUGAACAAAAUCAGAUUGCCAUCAAGGCCCUCCAGAACGCCAAGGAGUACAGUAUCGUUGACGAGGAAGAGAUGUUGUACAAGGAAUCAAUUCUGAAUAAACUGAUAAUUUCCGAUCCACUCGAAUUCCAUGAUAGAACUUUCUUGUCGCAUCUUAAUCAGCUUCCAUGGCAAGAACCUUUGUUCACGAGACGUGUAGAGCAGAGUCUGCUAACUGGAAAACACAUGACCUUCUGCAGGGUUUCGAAUGAGUCAAUUUCCGUUGCAGCCGAAAUCUUCCGAUACCCAACGUUCGAGGCCUUCGUAAAACCACCGAGUCAUUGCCCAUAUCACCUUUUUAUGGAGUUCAAUCAAUCUUCGAAGGCGAAAAAAUUGACAACUACACAUGCAUUGAUUUUACUUCUAUUGAUCAUCACAACACGUCGUUAAAGUUUAAAAAAUAUGUAUCUCUUCUUCUUAUUUUCUUAAUUUAUUUAGCUCUUCAUGAAUCUAUUUAUAAAAAAAAAAUUAACCAUCUUAUUUAUUUAUCUUUAUCAAAUUUUGUUUUUUAACAUUCAAUUUUGUCACGGUGAGUACACCCUAUAAUUUUUUUUAAAUUAUCUCCAACAUGUUGCAGUAACUUGCUGAAAGAAUGCUUCUUUCGUUAAAUACCGUAUUUCACAAAAGAAAAAAAGUAUUACAAAAUCAUGCUCUUUAAAAAAACUAUUUCACUUGACCACCAAGUUUCAAUAAUCUAUCCAUAUUGAAACAAAUAUGCCAAAGCUCGCUGACUUUUUAGGUAUGUUAUCUAGCAUAAGAUCAAACGUUAUAGGAAUAUGUAUGUACAUCUUAAUCGCACCUGUUUUGUAGAUAUCCAAUGAAGAAGAAACGGGGCUUGUAAGCUAAGUAAAAGUAUCAACUGUAAACUAACCGUUUAUCGAUCUCUAGUGACAAGACUUUAAAUAACUCGUUCAAUAGGAAAUUAUCUUAUUCUUUUAAAGUGAAACACUCUCCGCUCUUGUCCGACAUCAAACUGAUUAGAAUUUAAGUAUUUGUAAAUAUAUCACAUUUAUAAGAAUAAAUGAAUGGAUCGAUAAACUAAAUUACUUUGUUACACUUCAAAACUAAUGAUUCAAUAAAG